GAUAGCCUGGAGCUUGGUGAGUCACCGUGUGAGUCAUGUUCUUGCAGAAAUUAACCACACGCUCUCUGACUCGCCUUCCAAGAGUUAUUUUUAUAUUUUAAAAAAGUCAGUUAAUUUUGGCGGAAGUUAUUGUGCUGUUUGAUUCUCCUUUGUUUUCUUUCUUGUAAAAUGUUGCUUGUGAAAAAUUUCCUCUUUGGCUGCCUGACAUUUGCUUUGGUCAGAACGUACGAGGGAGAUGACGGGUUUGAUCUGAGUGACGCUUUGAAAGAUGAUCCAGCUAAACCCUGGGAUGACAAUGAUGGUUUUGAUCUUAAUGAUGCUCUCAAAGAGGAUUUCACUAAACCCAAAAGUAAUGAUGAGUUUGAUCUGAGCGACGCUCUCAGUGAUGACCCUAUUAAGCCAGCAGCUGGUAGCAGUUUUGAUGAUUCAGAUCUUCAAGAUGUUGUAAACGGUGAUUAUAAACCCGAGAAGACCAAAGCUAAAGCUCAGGACCCUCCAACAGUGAUUGACAUCAUCAUUGACCUCGUGAUGGCCUUAAUAGGUGGAACGUCUGAACAAGUGAAGAGGUUGUGUUACAGCUUGCUGGAGAUGUUCACUGAACAGUACAUGAAUGUGCAGAACCAGUGAAAGGAUACUCAACGCACUUCAGCUUAACCUCCGUUCUGCCAAGCCACGUUUUGGGAGGAAGUUAAAAUGGUCAUUGUAAAGAGAAAGGAAGCUGGUGGUUGCUGUUCAACUUCAGACCUAUCGGAUACUGCUUCAGGUUUCUUUGCUUGGACACCCAUUGGGGUUCUGACUUCUUUAAAACCUUUGCUAUUUCGUCGGAUUGGAAUGUGCUCACAGGCCUGGCUUGAUGACAUGGAUUUUCUUUUUUUUUGCUCUUGCUUCGAAAAUCUUCAUCUUCAUUUUCAACUGGCAUUUUUCAUAAAACAAAUUAUAGAACAGUUGGCGGGUUCAUGCUACCAAACAUCAGUUCAGAACAUGGUGCGACCACUGUCUUCCAGUUAUUAUAUUUAUACACGCUUGGAGAUUUUUAAAGGAUUACCAGUACUUAAUUACACAAUUUUAUAAAAUUUGCCUUUGGUGUGUGGUGCACAUUGUGGAAUAGAUAAUGGUGAGUAUUAAUGAAAUGAGGUGAGCACAGAAUGAUCGGUUAAAAGGCUUCAGACUCUGGUUUUAGGUGUAGGCUGAUCAUUGUAGCUACCAACAGUGUUGGACAACUAAACCUUAGAAGUUAAGAACUUUGAGGCAGGAGUGGGCAAUUCAGCCCCACUAUAUUGUGGUUAAUCUCAUCUUGGCUUCAACUCCACUUUCCUGCCUGCUCUGCAUCACCCUUCAAUCUAUUACUAAUAAAUAAUCUGUGAGGACGGGAUGGUGGCUCAGUGGUUAGCACUGCUGCCUCACGGGACCAGGGUUCAAUUCCAGCCUUGGGCAACUGUCUGUGU